ACCGGUUAACAAUUGGAGUUCUGUGUCUGAAUACGACUGCAUCCUGAAUUUUCGCUGCCAUGUACAUUAGAAGGUGGACGAUGCAACGUGGCGCUGCAGAGAUGCACCGUUAAGCGCGUUGCUUCCCCGCUCUCACUGCAGCCGAAUGACCGUCCGUCGGACCUCGAGCUCUCCCGUUGCUUCGGCUUUGUGUCACUUCAGCAUGUCCCUUCUGAUGCUGAAGGAUGUACAAUAAAUCUGAGGUUGGAAUAAACAUCCUUUUAGUGCGUUCGGCAGAAGUUUCCCUUAACCGGGCUCGGUGCUUGGAAUGGCUCGGGCUUCGGCAAAUCCAGCCCUAUGCUAGAUCGAAUGGGGUGUAGGACAAUCCUCCCAAGAAUCCUUUACUGAGGAGGGAGCUUGACAUCGGGCACAUCAUAGACUCCACCACCACGAAGUCGUUUAGCAGCUGAGACGGAAGACGGGAAUGGCGCGUCUCUCCGGGUUGCAAAGAGAUGUUCUGGCGCUGUAUAGAGAAUGUUUGAGGGCUGUGAGGGAGAAGCCAGUUAACAGCCAGUCCCAUUUUCGGGAUUUCGCGAGGGAUGAGUUCCGCAAACAUCUUAGCGUCAACAAGAAAGAUUUCGCAACGAUAGAGUAUCUGCUUAGGAGUGGGAGGCGGAAAUUGGAUAGGUAUCGGGAUCCGGAGAUUAGGGAUAUUCAUCGGUGAGGGGUUUGCUGUACGGUCAGAAUGCACCCGGAUAUGACGAAGAGGAGGAAGAGGAGUUGGGGCACACAGUACCCUGUAGAGCAAGAGCUAUCCACACGAUGGGAGACGACGAUUUGAUGCUUCCCCCAUCGUCGGGUUCCUCCGCGGAAGUAAGUGGUCAUGGGGUGGUAGGGAAGCAGCAGGAAAGGAGGGGAACGCAGCAGGAAAAGGGAGGAUAAUGGAAGGGGCUACGUCAGGAAGGCGUAAAUACUGGUGAUGCUUUCGUUGUACGACCGGGUACGAGCAUACGCGUCUUACUCGGUCACGUGAUAUACCCUACACUGCAA